AUGGACAAACUACGCUUUGGCAUCGAGCUAUAUUCUCAUAUGCCGGUCCAUCUCUUGCCAAAGCCCAUUCUGGGUGGGCUCGACAUGGACAAACUACGCUUUGGCAUCGAGCUAUAUUCUCAUAUGCCGGUCCAUCUCUUGCCAAAGCCCAUUCUGGGUGGGCUCGACAUGGACAAACUACGCUUUGGCAUCGAGCUAUAUUCUCAUAUGCCGGUCCAUCUCUUGCCAAAGCCCAUUCUGGGUGGGCUCGACAUGGACAAACUACGCUUUGGCAUCGCAUAUUCUCAUAUGCUGGUCCAUCUCAUGUCUAAGCCCAUUCUGGUCGGGCUCGACACGGGCAAAUUAUAUUUCGGCAUGGAACGAUACUUCUCCUAUUCUGGUCCAUCUCGUAUCAAAGCCCAUUAUAUUCUCAUAUUCUGGUCCAUCUCGUAUCAAAGCCCAUUCUGGUUGGGCUCUACAUGGACAAGCUACACUUCGACAUGGAACAAUACUUCUCAUAUGCCGGUUCCGCUUGUAUCAAAGACCAUUCUGGUGCGGACAAGGACACCAUCGGGGUGUCAUAUGGCAGUGCACAAGGAGUCUGCCAUAACUCUUCCCUCCGAUACCUUUUAUCCUAGGGACAGUCUUCCAUCACCAUCAUUCCUAAUCGGAUGUGAUCCAACUACCUCCAUGAUGACCAAGUUGUUUGUUACUUCUGUUAUCCUUCUUUUUGUCUUACAGAAAGUUCUUUUUGCUCUUUGUGCUUUGAAUGCCUUGACCACCACAGUAUGUUUAGUAGCUGCUGCCCUUCGUUACUUACAGAUAUUUGCAACAAGAAGAUCCGGCAUAGAAGAAUCCCAGGUUUAUGCAGGAGAAGUGGAAGAACAAAGCCAUGCUUCAGAUGCAGAAGAUUUUGUGCCGCCCAUCCCACCUCCAUCAUAUUUUGCUACAUUUUACUCUUGCACACCAAGGAUGAGUCGCAGGAUGCUGGAUUCUGAUGUCAUUCCAUUACCUCAUAUUUAUGGAGCCAGAAUUAAAGGAGUUGAAGUUUUCUGCCCACUGGAUCCUCCACCUCCUUAUGAAGCUGUUGUGAGUCAACUGAGUCAUGAGCAGGAGGGUACAUCUCAAAUUUCAGAUGUCACAGAAUCUGUUAAUAGCCCAGCAAGAGAAGAUGAUACACAAGAAUCAGAAGAAAAUGAAGGUGCUGUCAGUUCCUCGAUUAGAGAGACCACCUUGCAUCCAGAUCCAAGUCCUAGUUCAGCAUCUGCAGGAACCUGCAAGAGAAACCUCAAACUUCUCAGAAAACGAUCAAAAAGUGAUCCUGUGCUUCAUAACUUACCACCCAGAGGUCUGGUGCUGAGUUGUGAAGCUGCCACUCAAACAGAAUUAAAACCAGAACUGGCUACUGUCAUUUUGCGAAAAACCAUGAGAGCAAAGGCUUUGCGCUCAAGACCUCAGUCCUUAAUAGACUAUAAAUCAUAUAUAGAUACUAAGCUUCUUGUGGCAAAAUUCUUGGAGCAGUCCUCUUGCAGCAUGACCCCUGAUAUUCAUGAAUUGGUGGAAGACAUAAAGUCUGUUUUAAAAUCAGAUGAAGAGCACAUGGAGGAAGCCAUCACCAGUGCCAGCUUCCUUGAACAGGUAAUGACCCCUGCUCUCCCGUCUACAUCAAGGGCACAUACAGUGCCUUUUAGAAGGCACCCGGGACUUCUGCAUUUGGAGAGCUGUGGGGACCAAGAAGAGAACUGUCAGGGCAUAGCUGCUUGUGUGUACAUGAGAGGUGGUGUUCCUGUCCAAACUCUGCCCAGUGGCAGAACAAUCCAAGAGAGUCUGUACAGGUGGGAGUCUCACAAGUGCAAGCCCAUGGAAAACCACUUGAAGAACCACAUAGCUAAGCAACCCCAGGAAACAAAGAUAAUGAAGAAACAUGGCAAAACUGUCAUAUUGACUUAUGGCAGUUUUCUCCUUCCAUGACUCCUAAACAAUAGUCAGAAUCCUAUUGGUUCUUGUGUGACUUUAUGUGUCUAAUUGCAGCUCCCUGGCAAGGUGCUUGGGUGUGCCUUGGUUGCAUGUUUGGACACAUACACUGUGCAGUCAAGGUGCACUUGGCACCUUGUGAGUUAACCAGAAUUAUCUGUAGCAAGUUGGGCAGACCCUACACAAACACACAAUUCCAACCAAUGUGUUUUCCCCAAGAAAUAGAACAUGCCUAAUAGAAAACUAUAAAACUGAAAUAUGAAGAAGAAUGUGCUAGUUAAACUUUCCUAAAAAAAAGGUUUACAUACAAACGUCCAAUGUAAAAAUGUAAAGUAAAAAUAAAGAGUUGGUAAUAUGCCUGCUCCCCCCUUAAAGCAUGUGACAAUAGAGAAUAUUGCCCCCCAUGAGAGGAAUAGCAGAAGCACAAGCAGAACUAGAAUUCUGACUACUUCUGAAGAGUGUACCUAAGGUUUAGCUUGAUGCAAGUAUAGAAUUAAUUUCACAGAGAAUUUACUUGAGAAGUACUGGGGUGGUAGUUGUGAGCAGCCUACAAAGAUGCAGGUAGUUAUCAAAAAAUAGUUUCCAGUUGUCCUGGGACGUACAGAUAACCCCUUAAAAGCCGUUCAGCUCCAAAAAAAUCUAUUCCUGACGUUGUUUCAGCAGUUCUAACUCUGCAAAUGUUCUAACAGGUUUACUCUAGAGUAAACAUACUUG